AUGAGUAGUCCUAGUGGACAGGGAAGAGAGAAAGUUGAUGAUGAAAAUGAUGGAGUUACUAAUGACAGCGAAAUAACAGAUGAGAGUGUUGAUAGAAAAUAUGUGUUUCAUUUACCCAACACAUUCCCAGAGACUCAAAGUAUCUUGAGGUACAUUAUUCCGCUUGUCAUCCUGCCCCUCCCCCACCUCCUCUGGUCUCUCGUACAGCUGUGUGUUUGGUACCAAUACAACAAGCACAUACUUCAAAACCACAGACCACAAACCACAAAGCUAAAGCAGCCACCUUCAAUAAACAAACACUUUAAAGACAUCAUAGCCCCUGCAGUUAGGGGGUCUUCAUCUGGCCUCACACCUACUUGUCGUUCACCUGCAUUAGCUCUCUCAAUCAUUCCAAUUAUUCCAACUGCUGUUGGUCCUAGUACUAGCACUACCUCUAGUGCCGCUCCCAUUAUGUCAGUAACAUUAUGUAAUUGUGUCACCCUCUCUUCACCAGUCCCAGGGAAUGUAAUUGAGAAGAUUAACCUCAACCAGUUCGUGGACCUGCGGGAACUUAUGCCUGACAACAUAGCUUUAGUGAAGCUUUUGUCAGAGGUGUGGGCUAGUAAUGUUGCACAGACUGGCUCUUGUAUGAGGGAGAUAGAGGAUCCUCUAGCUUGGUGCUUCUACUUCCUGGCCUUGAUUGCAGUCUCAGUAAAGGAGAAGAGGGCCAAGGAGCUUACUGCCUGCCAAGGAGCUUACUGCCUAUGCCCAAUUGAUCGUAUAUUUGGUACAAAAGCAUGGAAGGAGAGGUUGGUUGGCCUAGUAUAGGUUAUUUUGCCAACAAAUUGCCACUGGCUCCACUCUUCCUGUGGAAUGACUUUGCUCCAUUUCUCAUGGCGUUGACAGUCCUAUCUGCUGCCUCUGUCAAGAACAUGUCAUGCCAGCUCUGCAAUGGAGACGAUCACACUACAUUUGGUUGUGCUCUAUUCCGCUCAUCUUCAAUGAGAACCCUCCAUUGUCUCCGUUGAUGGUACUUGUAAUCAGAGCCAGACUACUUCCAAAUAUCUACAUGUCUGCUCAGAGUGUGGAGGCAGCUCCCACUCUUUUCUCAACUGCUGCAAUGAAA